GAUGUCUUUGCUUCUGUCAAGGAGGCACGCCGGAUUGAAGGCGGCCGGUUGGAGUGUUUGGAGCGUUCCGGGAGCUCUCCGGGGAAGGAGUCACCCAGAAUGACACUAACGGUUCAAUGCGCUUGAUCCCAAUCCUAAGCAGCAAUGCAGCUCACGCAGAGUAGACUGAGCCUUCUACGAGCUGGUCAAUGUCGCGACGGUGCAAGGAGCGACGCGACGCGGCGGGUGGUGGAACAGAGCAUGUGACCGUGUCGCGGCAUGCGGGGAGCGGAAGGGCGGAGGAGAGGGCGAUAAGUAACGGUGGCUGGCGCUGGCUGUUGGACAUGAUGCAGGACAUGGCGGGUCGCCAACGGCUCUUAAGUACUCAGGCCAUACAUAUCCCCUCCUGCUACAAUCAGCCCUUCCGAACUGCCAGCCAUCUCGCAGCCCCGAGUCGUAGCUGCCAGACAUGGUCGCACUCAGCUUUGCGACCCUCCCAACCGACAUCCUCGUCCUCGUCCUCAGACACCUCGGGGUAUACGGCAUACUCGCACUUCGUCAGUCCUGCAAAGCCCUCGAAGCCCUCACCCGCUCCCGCACCGUCUGGCACGAUGCCCUCCACGCCCAUGUUCUCGCCCGCGGCCUGCCCCUCCCCGGCCUGCACGCGCGCCCCCUUAGCACGCUUACCGCCGUUGAGCUCGAGAAGCUCACCCUCCGCGCCCUCGCCCUCCUUCGCAACUGGACAUCAGCCCAUCCCCGCAGCACGCGCUCGAUCGAGCUGGUCCCACCCGGCAUCCCAGCGGGAGCGCGUGCGCGUAACCUCGCCGUGCACUACCUCCCUGGUCGCGAGGGUCGCUAUCUGCUGACGAUCACGUUCUACGACGAGCCCGCCGCGCCGCGCAAGGUCGUCGCGACACUCCGGUGCAUGAACCUCACCGGUGCGAACGUCAACACGGACCCAAACCAUCCAGGCAUCCUUGCCAUCACACAGCGAUGGCCCAGCGACGCCGUCACGACCUGCAUCUUCUCGAUCGACUUCAGCGUGCGCGACCCACACGCGCCGUUCCUCCCGCUGCAGGAGUUCGCGAGCUUUCGCUUCCCGCUCGCGCUCGAGGGCAGCGUCUUCGCCGCGAGCGGGCCCGACAACAUCGUGCGCGUGAUUGACGUCGAGGCGGGCUGCGUCCGCGCCGCGCUCCGCGUCCCCCACGAGCACGACGACCCUACGCUGCGCAACGAGGACCAGCGCUGCAUGGGCGCGGUCUUCUUGCCCCGGCACGUCCUCACGUUUUGCAGGCAGUGGAUACACCUGUAUGAGCUGCCCCCGGUGCCCCCGACGAUCCCGCCGAACAACGCGCUCCACGCGCCCCCGGCGGCGUGCGACCCGCUCGCGUCGCACAAGUGGCAGUGGCGCAUCGACAGCCUCGUCGUCGCCUCGCGGCUCCCCGCCUGCGACGCGGGAGCUGCUGGGUGGACUAGGAGCGGAGGAGAGGGAGGGGACGCGGCGUUCCCGUCGAUCGACGUGCUCAUCCGGUUCGACACGUGGUUCCCCUGGCCCGUCAACAUCCUCCACCAUACCGCGGCGACGCCGUACCUCCACGCGGACGGCGCGCCGACGAUGGCGCACAGCAUCCCGUCACCGAUCCGGCUCUUCACGCCGUCGGACAUGGUGCUCGGCCGGCGGGGGACCGCGCUCUGGCUCGACGCGCAGGCGUACGAUGGCGGGCCCGCGCAGGCGGGCGACCACGGGCAGCGCGUCGCGGGGAAGGUCCUCCCAGUCACUGGGGCCCUCGGCGGGCGGGCGACGGGUGAGGGAGAGGGUGCGGUAGGGGAGGAAGGCGAGCCGGACAGGUGGCACGGUGAGGAGCGCGCGCAGACGAUGACAUUCCAUAUGCAGGAGGACGACGACGGGUGGAACAAGCUCGCGCUGGACGAGGAGGAGGGCAGGGUCGCGGUCGGGACGGUUGAUGGCCGGGUGCACCUGUUCGAGUACGCGCCGGGGGUGGAGGUGUGACUCUGGGGCUUGAAGAUGGUUGUCCCCGGUGCGAUUACGCUGUUUCUUGUGGUAUAGAUGCGAAUUGGGGUUCACUUAAUGCUUGAUCUGUAGAAAAGGCUCGACUCGGACAUAGCUUACCAUGCGUAAUCGUGUAACAAUACAUCACAGGACACUAGGAAGGAUCACGACAACUGGCAUGUUCAACCAUGCUCACACCCGUCGU